GGAACAGUGAAGUGAAAGUGCAGUCUCACCGCUUGCCAGUGCCCUGCUUGCUUCAAUAUGAGUUCUAUCGGUACUGGGUAUGAUCUUUCUGCCUCCACGUUUUCGCCAGAUGGUCGGGUAUUUCAAGUAGAGUAUGCAGCCAAAGCAGUUGAGAACAGCAGCACAGCUAUUGGCAUCAGAUGUAAAGAUGGAGUUGUGUUUGGUGUAGAGAAACUUGUGUUGUCCAAACUUUAUGAAGAAGGCUCUAACAAGCGCAUCUUUAACGUAGAUCGUCAUGUCGGCAUGGCAGUGGCAGGUCUUCUGGCAGAUGCACGGUCUUUAGCUGAUAUUGCACGGGAAGAAGCCUCAAAUUUCCGGGCAAACUAUGGUUAUGACAUUCCUUUAAAGCAUCUUUCAGACAGAGUAGCCAUGUAUGUGCAUGCAUACACACUGUACAGUGCGGUCCGACCGUUUGGAUGCAGUUUUAUGUUGGGAUCUUAUAAUGAAGAUGAUGGUGCUCAGUUGUACAUGGUUGAUCCAUCAGGCAUCUCCUACGGCUACUGGGGUUGCGCAAUUGGUAAGGCCAAGCAGGCUGCUAAGACAGAGAUUGAAAAGCUUCAGAUGAAGGAUAUGACCUGCCGUGAUGUUGUCAAAGAGGUAGCAAAAAUAAUCUACAUUGUCCAUGAUGAAGUGAAAGAUAAGUCAUUUGAACUGGAAUUAAGCUGGGUUGGCAAAAUAACCAAUGGAAAGCAUGAAAUAGUCCCAAAAGAUAUUCGAGAAGAAGCAGAAAAAUAUGCAAAGGAAUCUUUAGAAGAGGAGGAUGAUUCUGAUGAUGACAAUAUGUAACAUCCUAUGCCAUCUGUGGCUGUUAAACUAACAAUUUUUUUUAUGUAUAAAUAUAUGUAUAUGAAAAGGAACCUGCAACCUCAAUGUGUGACAAGUUGGCAGUAAAAAUAGUUCUUUUCAA